GGGAGGGAGGACAGAGCUACGUCAGAGGGCGGACUCCUGUGGACCUGCCUCCCUUUCUGAUAAACAAGGGCUAGAACCGAAACCUCUCGGAGACCGCAAUCCUGCGCUCAGGACCUGCUCUGCCUGCCUGCUCUCUGGCUGAGCGCGCCCAGACGCACUGAGCACCCGUCUCCUGCGCCACACGGACAGCACCCUCUCCCCGGCUCAGGAGCACCGCAGGCACUAUGGCAGGGCGCGAGCUGAGGCUGGUGGUGGUGGGCAAGACCGGGGCUGGCAAGAGCAGCUCAGGAAACACCAUCCUGGGAGAGGAGGUGUUCACGGCGGACAUCAGCUCCAGCUCGGUCACCACGGCCUGCGAGAGGGCCAGCCGGCUGGUGCGGGGCCGCAGGGUGACCGUGGUGGACACGCCGGGGCUGUCCGGCAGGCAGCUGUCCGGGGAGGAGGUCCAGACCAUGAGGAGGUGCCUGUCGCUGAGCGCCCCGGGGCCCCACGCCUUCCUGCUGGCCGUGCCCGCGGACGACCGCUACACGGAGAGCCGGCGGCAGGUGGCGGAGCGGGUCAGGGAGCUGUUCGGAGAGGACGUGCUCCGCUACACCGUGGUGCUCCUCACCAAGGCCGACCAGCUGGGGGACAGGACCCGGGGGGACUUCGUCCAGGAGAACGAGCACCUGCAGGCGCUGGUGCAGGCGUGCGGCCACCGGCACCUGUUCUUCGUCAACGAGGACGAGGAGCUCGCCCCCGCCCAGGUCACGGAGCUGCUGAGGAUCGUCGACGACAUGGUGAGGGAGAACAGGGAGAACGGCUGCGAGUUCAAGGCUAAUUAGCGCUCAUUUAUGCU